GAGGAGGAAGAGAAGAAAGAGGAGGAAGAGAAGGAAGAGGAGAAAGAGAAGGACGAGAAGGAAGAGAAGAAAGAGGAGGAAGAGAAGGACGAGAAGGAAGAGAAGGAAGAGAAGGAAGAGAAGGAAGAGGAGGAAGAGAAGGAAGAGAAGGAAGAGAAGGAAGAGGAGGAAGAGAAGGAAGAGAAGGAAGAGGAGGAAGAGAAGGAAGAGAAGGAAGAGGAGGAAGAGGAGGAAGAGAAGGAAGAGGAGGAAGAGAAGGAAGAGGAGAAAGAGAAGGACGAGAAGGAAGAGGAGGAAGAGAAGGACGAGAAGGAGGAGGAGGAAGAGAAGGAAGAGGAGGAAGAGAAGAAAGAGGAGGAAGAGAAGGAAGAGAUGGAAGAGGAGGAAGAGAAGGAAGAGAAGGAAGAGGGGGAAGAAGGAAGAGAAGGAAGAGGAGGAAGAGGAGGAAGAGAAGGAAGAGGAGGAGGAGGAGGAAGAGAAGGAAGAGGAGGAAGAGAAGAAAGAGGAGGAAGAGAAGGAAGAGGAGAAAGAGAAGGACGAGAAGGAAGAGAAGGAAGAGGAGGAAGAGAAGGAAGAGGAGGAAGAGAAGGAAGAGAAGGAAGAGGAGGAAGAGGAGGAGGAGGAGGAAGAGAAGGAAGAGGAGGAAGAGAAGGAAGAGGAGAAAGAAAAGGACGAGAAGGAAGAGGAGGAAGAGAAGGAAGAGAAGGAAGAGGAGGAAGAGAAGGAAGAGAUGGAAGAGGAGGAAGAGAAGGAAGAGAAGGAAGAGGAGGAAGAGAAGGAAGAGAAGGAAGAGGAGGAAGAGGAGGAAGAGAAGGAAGAGGAGGAAGGACUCGGAGGUGAAACGUCUGCAGAGUUGGACAGAGAGACUCUCUGAAUUAUCUCGUCAGGACUGAAGUUAUGUAAGAAAGACGGGCGAACUGUACGACUUCACUGAGUCGAUGAAGUCAGAGCGGAUUCACAGAUGUUAGCCAGCGUAACGGUUACUACGACAACCUGGAGAGAGGGGGGGGCUGUGGUCACAGAGGAGGGAAACCCCGAGAGGCAGAGCGAAGCUCGGAGACUUUCAAACCUGUCGAACGUUUCAGACAUGAACUCCAGAACUUUUCUAAUUCAGCUCAAACUCUGACAGUCAAGUGGUUUCAGGAGGAUCUUUAGUUAGGAAACAAACCCUGACCAACCUCUCCGCCGCCGCCGCCGUCACUGCUGCUGCUGCCAACGCCGACCCGCAGCGUGUCAUUAUGGAAAUCAUUGUUUGUGUGAGUCGACUGAAGUAGCAGAUGCAGAAACAAUGUCAACAACAGAGCGCCUGUUCCUCCUAACACCGAGAGGAGAGGAGAGGAGGAGGAAAACACAGAGAGAGAGAGAGAGAGAGAGAGACACACACACACACACACACACACACAGACACAUUAACACACACACACACACACACACACACAGACACAUUAACACACACACACACAGUAGGUCUUAAUUCUGGUUGUUUUUUAUCCACUUUAAUGUAAGCGCUCUGUUUUCCGCUCGUCUUCCUCACUUCUUCUCUGAACUCCGUCCAGUCUCUUCACCUCUCUCUCUCUCUCUCUCCCUCUCUCUCUCUCUCUCUCUCUCUCUCUCCCUCUCUCUCUCUCUCUCUCUCUCUCUCUCUCUCUCUCUCUCUCUCUCUCCCUCUCUCUCUCUCCCUCUCUCUCCCUCUCUCUCUCCCUCUCCCUCUCGCUCUCUCUCUCUCUCUCUCCCUCUCUCUCUCUCUCUCUCUCUCUCUCUCUCUCUCUCUCUCUCUCUCUCUCUCUCUCUCUCUCUCUCUCUCUCUCUCUCUCUCUCUCUCUCUCUCCCUCUCUCUCUCUCUCUCUCUCUCUCUCUCUCCCUCUCUCUCUCUCCCUCUCUCCCUCUCUCCCUCUCCCUCUCCCUCUCCCUCUCCCUCUCCUCUCUCUCUCUCUCUCUCUCUCUCUCUCUCUCUCUCUCUCUCUCUCUCUCUCUCUCCCUCUCUCUCUCUCUCUCUCUCCCUCUCUCUCUCUCUCUCUCUCUCUCUCUCUCUCUCUCUCUCUCUCUCUCUCUCUCUCUCUCUCUCUCUCUCUCUCCCUCUCUCUCUCUCUCUCUCUCUCUCUCUCUCUCUCUCUCUCUCUCUCUCUCUCUCUCUCCCUCUCCCUCUCCCUCUCCCUCUCCCUCUCCCUCUCCCUCUCUCUCUCUCUCUCUCUCUCUCUCUCUCUCUCUCUCUCUCUCUCUCUCUCUCUCUCUCUCUCUCUCUCUCUCUCUCUCCCCGUCUGUGCGUGUUCAGGGACAAUAAGCGCUGAUUUGUCAAAGGCAAACACGCCGCUCUAUCAAACAACACGGAGGUGGCGGUAUCUGCCCUGAUCUGUGGAUCCCACCCGUGGGAAUGAGAGGAAGAGGAAGUUUGACUCUGAGUCUGUGAUUACUGCAGAGGAAGGUCCGGAUCACUCGUCUUUAAGUCGCCUCUUUAUCCAGUUAGAUCUAACGAUGUAGACGAGGACACACACUUCCACUUCAAACUUCUGUACGGAGGUUUUACAGGCCAUGAGAGAGGCUGAAAUUAACACUGAAGCCUCUUUACAACUCCUUCAAGAAAAUGAAGCGAUUAGUGGAGACAUUAAUUUUUCUAAAGUGUAAUUAUGAACGCCUGAAAGCUUCCCCUCAGGGCUGGAGUCUGACAAAGUGAUUAACAGCAAAUGAGGGAAACGUGAGAGUGUCAAAGAACGCAGGAAGAGCUGCUGUGUUCACAGGAGGAGAGUCCCAAACGGACGCACUGACUCCUGAUUUCAGAGAGAGUUAAGAUUCAGACGAAUAAAAAGUCUGAAAAGGUACGAAAACAGUCAGAACUGAACACAGAUUAUUGAACACAGAUUAUUGAACACAGAUUACUGAACACAGAUUACUGAACACAGAUUACUGAACACAGUCAGACCUGAUCACCAGGUGUGGAGGACAGUAGCAGAGCUAGCACCACCUGCCUCCUGUCCAACCUGCACAUUAUUAUCACUCCAGUUUAGUGAUGAUAGAACACUUUAACCUUAAACACAUCCAACUUUAUCACCUCUUUCUAUCGUUUACAGACAAACAUCUGCUCUCUGCAGCUACAACCUGAACGGGUGGAGGGUGAUCCCACGACAGAUUAGACUCGACAGAAAAACGUCGCUGUUGGAUUUAAAUCAUAAGAAUAUUCAGAGUUUAAAGGAUUAGUGAUGAUGAUGAUUGUUCUGAGGGCGCCGUCAGAGCCUGAGGUGGGAGGAGCCUUCACUUUGACUCGUGUAGACACAUGAAGAGCCUGAGGAAGGCGGAGCAGCAGCAAAGACUCCUCAGUUAUAAUGAAUGUGAGGUGAAACAUUCACUCUGAUGAUCAGAGGAGAGAUGAUUGGCAGUUCAGCUGAUAGGGGCGGGUCUUAAGAUCAGCCGACAUACUGGGGGGCGGGGCAUGACCUAAUGACCUGCCUGAACUAACUCCAAUCUGCUAUUUUCACCAUUAUUUAAACAACAAAUACAAUAACAGACUGAACAUGAAGUUAAUCAAGAGGCUAGAAUGUCAAAGUAACUAGAUGUCUGCAGUCAGAGUUCAAUCUAGUUUAAACAUUUCUAUGAUAAUAUCAACCUUAUAUGGAAAAAACAACUUUAAAAAGAGAGAGAGAGAGAGAGAGAGAGAGAGAGAGAUAGAGAGAGAUAGAGCGCACGUGUGAUUUUACAGAAUCUGUGUGUGUGUGCGUGUGUGUGCGUGUGAUCCCCCCCACAGUCGACCUGCACACCCCCUAAAACCAGACAGGCUCAUUCAAGGUAAUACACCAGGCGGUCAGACUGUAACUCUGUGUGUGUGUGUGUGUGUGUGUGUGUGUGCGUGUGUGUGCCUGUGUUUGCGUGUGUGUGUGUGUGGGUGUGUGUGGUGAUAUAAUGUUCCCGAUUGGAAGCAGAUGUCAUGUUUCCUGAUUGUGCUCCUCCAGGAACAGGCGUUCGAUAAGGAGCUGCAGACGCCUGGCGGUGGGUGGGUGGGGGAGGGGGUGGGUGGGGUUGGGUGGUGGUGGUGGUGGGGGGGGCUCAGCCCAGCAGCGGUGGGUGAAGUAAGUGCUGCCUGCCUGAUUGAAACCAUGAGAUCCAGUUGCCUUUCUGCCAAGAGAGAAGAAUGGGCCGAGCUCUGCUAUUAAUCGCUGUGACAGGAGCGACAGAGGGGGGAGGGGUCAAGAUAGUGGGGUCAGCGGCGUGUUGUUUCAGAGAGCGUCGAGUUGCAGAGUAUGGUGAACCCUGAGGGACUAAAAGCUCCGAUGUCACAUUCCUGAAGAGAAUCUGGAGGAGGACGACGUUAAAUCAUGAAAACACACGAGUGAAUGAAUGAAUGAUGCUCGCAGAAACACGGCAACGGGGAGGAGGCGGGAACACACUUAGGAGACACAUGAUUGGUUUGUUAUUUUUGGUGACAGAGUGAGACUUUAGUAUGUUAACGUUCACUUCUACAGAGAGACGGUGAGAGGAAAGAGAGAGAAGGACAAAAGGAGAUGAUAGAUGAGGUUAAACUGUAAAACUGGAGCCAUCACAGAGAGUGUUUCAGGCUCCGUCUGUUUCUAUCUGAAAAUACAAUCUCCAGUUAAAAGCAGGAGAGCUGGAGUGAAGGAGGAGGAGGAGGAGGAGGAGGAGGAGGAUCAGAUUUCCUCCUAAGUAGAUCCAGAGUGAUGUCAGGAGGAAAAUUGUACCUGAAGGCAGUUUUAUUAAAUUAUAGUUUUUGUGUUUUUUUCUUCUUAAAGUUGGAAUAAUAGACGUACACCACAUAGAUGUCCCUUCCUCUCCUAUAGAGUGUUUUUGGUCACAGAUUUAUGUGGAUGUUGACCCAAAGACGAGGCACCAUGGGAACCUCAGAGUCAGGCUGACGUUCAGUGAGUCUGGUUCUGGGCAGUCCGUCUUGUACCCUCCCCUGUACUUUAUCGUCUAUUCUGAAGGUUUGUGUCCACAGGAGGAACAUUUUCAGGACGUUAGGAGAGAAGGAGGCGAGAUGUCUGCAGAGUGUUUACAGAAGCAGACUCUCACACACUCAGACAGAGAGACGGUUUCAGAGCCCACCAGAACUACAAGAGGGGGUUCAGAUCCAACUAGAAUACCAUGUUCUGAUCUGAACAACAGGACUAUCUCAUAUGGUGGUUAUUUUUCCCAGCAUGCAUCAGGGAGGGUGUUGGCAGAGCCUCAAUCAUUGUGAUUUGAACACGGUGGUCCAAUAACCUGUGCAGACCAUUAUCACCUCCCCAUGCCCCAUUACCCAGUCCAGGUUUCCCUAAACCAAACCAGGAAGGGGGCUGGGGGGCUGGGGGCCCCUGAAGGGUUUCAGGGUUCGACCGUCUUAAACACGAGGCUCAGGGUUUAACUGGAGGCUGGGCGAGAAAACGAUAACGAGAUCAGGGCCUGACCGAUGUGGAUUAUUUUGGGGCCGAUGCCGAUUAUUAGGGACGAAAACAAUCAGAUUAUUGACGAAUCGGCAGAUUUUAAAAAAUGUUUUAUGAAGUUAUAAAAAAAUUAUAUAUAUAUAUAUAUAUAUAUAUAUAUAUAUAUAUAUAUAUAUACGAUAUAUAUUGAAAAUCAAUUUCCCUCAAUAUCAACAUAAAACAUGAUCAAUAUCCUUUUCAAUAGUCGUCAUUCUGACAUGUUUUGGUCGACUAUACGAACAGCCAAUGAAAAGGGGCGUGUCUCCGGGUCUGAACCAAUCAUGUUCUGAAUUAGAACCAAGUAUCAACCAACUGCAGCGUCGUAGCAGACAGCAGCUCCACCCAACCAUAGCACUUUAACAGGUGAAGCCGACAGCACUGUUGGUGAGAAACAAAGAAAAUGAGUGCUACCCCCGACAGAAAUGACCAUGAAGGCUCAACAGAUGACCACAUCAAUGUCAACCACAACACUGGCGUUAGGAAAACGUCGGUGGUGUGGAGGUAUUUUGGUUUUUGGAGGUCGGACAUGAAGCAGAGUAAUGUGGACUGUAAAUUAUGUCGAGUACAUGUUCUCACAAAGUCGGGGAAUACCUCAAAUCUUUUUCACCACCUGAAGCAGCGCCACGCCGCAGAGCACGCGCAACGCAAAAGGUUACGAACCCCGAGAGGAGCGAGGAGCCCAUGGCGCCUGAAACAGACGACCAUUCAGUCGGCUUUCUCUAGAGCGACGCCUUACGACAAAACGUCAAAGAGACACAAAGACCUCACAGAUGCAGGAGAUUAUUGUGUUGGAAAAGACAUGAGACCAAUAAACACUGUUAGAUUUUUAUAUCAGCUGAUAUUGAUCGAUAUCAGCUGAUAGGAAAAUGAUUUAUGUUGAUAAACUUGUUCCCGUAUCGCCCAGCCCUAGAUUUACUGUAAAUCCAGCUGGACUUUUAAAGACGAACCAUUUAUCAGCUUUACGCCGUGGUUAUCUUAUUUUAGACCAAUGAGGAGAGCUCAGACUCUGGUCAGAGCUCAGCUGAUGUUAACCCUUUAGUUUCUACCAUCGCCAACGUAACGCAGCAGCAUGGCGUCAUCGGAGUCUGAACAGUUAGCGAGUGAAGAUGAUGAGGUCUUCUGUUUUACCUCGUGGUCAUGAAUGUAAAGUUACUCGACACAGACAGACUCGGCUCUGAGAGGUUUACUGUCAGACCCUGAUAGAGCGAGCCGACGCCCCUCAGAGGUCAGAGCUGCUGUUGUUCAGCGUGUUUCUGUACAUUAGAGUGGAGAGAGUGGGAGGUGUGAAGGCUGAAGGCCACGUCUCACCUCCAGAGAUGCCUGGGAUUAGCUGUGCGUGACUGGGACAGGGGAGGUCGGGGGAGAGGAGGAGGCGUUGAGCUGCAGGCUCGUCUUCCUCCAAAGCCCGCCACAUUCCUCCAUCCAGAGUCCCAGGAGACGGGGGGAUGUGGGGGCAGAGCGUUUCCAGACCGCAGCCAUCACUCAGGGAAAUACGGUGGGAAAAUCUUAGAGAGCGACGACGCCGGGCCGAGGCUGCGCCACAUAUGGAGUCAGGGUCGGUUAGGCCUGUCAUGUUUGAGCAAAGAUAGCAGGAAGUGAGGAGCGGUUUCUUCCUUUAUUUGACGUAAACGUCCCUGACAUACAGACAUACAGCGAGACGUCUCAGUAAAGCCUCUGAACGAUAACUCUCCUGCAGAGCGAGUGUGUGGAGGUCAGGAGGUCAGAAGGCAGCGAGGCGGCGAUGAGUGAGGAGGUCAGGAAGUGUGGCGACCUCACGCAGGAAGCAGCAGCAAACAUCAGGGUUAUCAGAGUAUCAGUUCCAGCACAAUAGGACAGGUCAGAGCGAGGAGAGAGCGACUCGCACUUCCUGUUGUCUUCAUGUAUGAUGAACAAAUAUUAUAUAAGAGAGGAAUGAUUGAUGGUCAUUAUGUAAGAGAGAGAUCUGAACGUACACGAGAACAGAAACACCUCUGAUAGAGUUUAUCAGGUUUAUAACUCCGCCCUUCACAGACCGUCUCCUUCAUAAAUCAACGUCCUCCUUUUCUAUAAAAAACAUCAGGAGGAGAAUAUUCAUCAUGAAACAGUUACAACAACACAGAGCUAAAAACUAAAAACUACAAACUAAAAACUAAAAACUAAAAACUAAAAAUUAAAAACUAAAACUAAAAACUAAAAACUAAAACUAAAAACUAAAAACUAAAACUAAAACUAAAAACUAAAAACUAAAAACUAAAAACUAAAACUAAAAACUAAAAACUAAAAACUAAAACUAAAAACUAUCAGCUUCUCUCUAAACCGAGUUCAUGUUCCUCCAACACAACAGGAGCCGAGCAGACACGACCUCAGAGCGAGCAAAACGACGUGACGCAGGUCAGAUAUCAACAAUCUUCCACUUCAUGAACCUCAAGACUGAAUCACCAAAUGGGACCAGUUCACUGGUUCACUGGUUCACUGGUUUACUGGUUUACUGGUUUACUGGUUUACUGGUUUACUGGUUCACUGGUUUACUGGUUUACUGGUUUACUGGUUUACUGGUUUACUGGUUUUGUCGGCAGCGUCUCAAAAACACAUCGUGGAGUUUAACACACGGCUUCACCUCAGGAAUCGUUGCGGCCCGGUUUUGCGGCGUUCUGACAUCAUUAGUUCAAAGGUCGUUAAAAAAAAACCUUCGGUCUCAAAUACGGAGAGAAAAGAGUGAAAAUAAAACCAGUCUGACUGUGGAGGAAACUGGGACCAGUGUCCGUCUUCUUCUUCUUCAUCACAACAUCUCCACAGAGACAGACGGAGACCUCAGAGCUGGGACUGAAAACUCCACCUACCCAUCAGCCCCGGUGCUCGCCAUCCUCCUUUUCAUUUAGCCAAAGUGCUGACAGGGCGUUUUCCCUACAGUCCACAACAAAUCAGCUGGUGACACGCCGCCGUGAUCACAGCGCUCAAACAACACCAACGCCAACGCCGUCUGAGCAGACCUGAUUUACGCUCCGCCGUCUCAGACCUCGUCCUUUAGGGUAAAAUAAACAGACGGACCACCCAGAGACCGCUGAAGGGGGGCAGCUGGAGACCCCUCCACUACAGGGUCUAAUGGACCACCUUAACAAGGUCAGAGAGUCCUCGACCUGUUCCCGGUCCACGACCACGCUAAUGCUCCUAACAGUAAACUCAAGAAACGAGGCGACCCUCCGUCUCUGCAGUGAAACUGGAGAACGUCUGCGAGGCGACCUUCUGUGAGGCGACCUUCUGUGAGGCGACCUUCUGUGAGGCGACCUUCUGCGCGGCGACCUUCUGCACGUCACUCCAGGUCUGACUUUGGGGAUAGAAGAGCGCCAAAGUCUCCUCGUUUCUUCAGGAAGUGUUUGGUUGUCUUCCCUCCCUUCCUGGCGGACAGCUGCGGCGGCGGCGGACAGUUGCUCACACAUCAACAGGACCUCCUCGGAGAUUACAGCCCCAUCUGCUCUCACGGCGUUUACUCGGCUCCUGUGUCACCUGUCUGUCGGGGUGAUUCAGUGGAGGACGUCUGUGGACAUGUGUCUCUGUCACACUUGUGUGUGAUUGUAUUCACCUCAUGUGUGAAGACCCUGAGACUGUAGACGACCUGACGUGACCUCUGACCUCUGAGCCUGAUGUUUAUUCGGAGUGACCCUCUCUUAGAAGUGACCUUCAGGAAACUGCAGCAAACACCGUCGACUCCUUUUUUUAAGCUCCUACCUCGACCUGAUCAGCCUCGCUCUCCACCUGUCUGUGAUUCUGAGCUUCAGUUUCUCAGACAAACUCGUACAGGAGAGUUUCUGGAUUUGGUCUGAGUGUUUGUAACCAGGUUCAGAGGCCACCGUAGCUCCACCUACAGGAGGGGUGAGCAAGAGAGCGCUUCAACCAAGAAUCUAAACCGAAUUAUUCUGUGAAGUAUUUACAAAUUUUACAUACUGUACCUUUAAUUCUGCUGCAAACAAGACAAACAGUGAGGAGAUUCAUCUUUAACGAAAUAUACUAUCAUUUUAUUAAAUAUACUAUCAUUUUAUUAAAUAUACUAUCAUUUUAUAAAAUAUACUAUCAUUUUAUAAAAUAUACUAUCAUUUUAUUAAAUAUACUAUCAUUUUAUAAAAUAUACUAUCAUUUUAUAAAAUAUACUAUCAUUUUAUUAAAUAUACUAUCAUUUUAUAAAAUAUACUACCGUUUUAUAAAAUAUACUAUCAUUUUAUAAAAUAUACUAUCAUUUUAUAAAAUAUACUAUCAUUUUAUAGAGUAAACUACUGUUUUAUAAAAUAUACUAUCAUUUAUAAAAUAUACUAUCAUUUUAUAAAGUAAACUACUGUUUUAUUAAAUAUACUAUCAUUUUAUAAAAUAUACUAUCAUUUUAUAAAGUAAACUACUGUUUUAUUAAAUAUACUAUCAUUUUAUUAAAUAUACUACUGUUUUAUAAAGUAUACUAUCAUUUUAUAAAGUAAACUACUGUUUUAUUAAAUAUACUAUCAUUUUAUAGAGUAAACUACCGUUUAUACAGUUUUAUAAAGUAUACUAUCAUUUUAUAAAAUAUACUAUCAUUUUAUAGAGUAAACUACCGUUUAUACAGUUUUAUAAAAUAUACUAUCAUUUUAUUA